AUGAAGCUCCUCCUGACAGCACUCCUCCUCGUCGUCCCCGCACUCGCCAAACUCCCACAACCAACCAACAUCGGGACCGCCCCAGACCGCCCCUGCGGCUUCAAGAUGGCGCGCUGCCCGAGGGGCAGCACAUGCUCAGCCUCGGACCCGGCCUGCCCGGCCACGCGGGGCGACAACUGCCUCGGCCGGUGCGUGGUGGCAACGACGAUGCGGCGCCCGCGACCAUCCAACCCGACGCGGCCGUCCAUCUCCAAACCCACCGCAAGCUGCGACGACGACGACGACGACGACGACGGGCCGAAACCGUCAAUAAUCAACACCAGGACGCCGCGGCCGACGCGCAGCAGCACGCAACAGCAGCCCCAGUCGCCGACCCCGACUCCGACCCGCACCCGUAGCUACGACGACUGCGGCGGUUUCCGGCCGACGCCCAAGAGCUGCGCGGGCGGGCAGGUGUGCAUCGACGAUCCGUACGUCGGUGGUUGUGGUAUGGCGUGCGACAUGCCGGGGAUUUGCGUGGAGCCCGUCUUUUGCGGUGGGUUUGCCGGCAUCCAGUGCGCCGACGGCAAGAUGUGCGUCGACGACAAUAGGGACGAUUGCGACCCGGAGAAUGGUGGCAGUGACUGUGGCGGUAUUUGUGUUUGA